AUGGAGCGCAGCGGCGACUUUCGCGGCGGACGUGGCGGCGGACGUGGACGUGGCCGAGGACGGGGAGGACGAACAGCACGAGGUCGUGGUGGUGGUCGUGGCGGUGGCCGUGGCGGCGGACGAAGAGGCGGCUUUGGCUCUCACCCGCAGCGUCACGAAGAGCAGGGGUACGUACAGGGGUACGCGCCAUCGUACCCGCCGCCACCGCCGCAUGAACCCAUGUACCACAUGCAACGGCACAGUGAGUACCAACCGCCUCGACAAGAGCUGCUGCGUGAAGCAGGUCCCUUCAGAGAGCAGGAGUUCCCGUCGCCGUUUGCGUCGCAGCCGAACCGCGAGCUCUAUCAGCAUCCGCACGAGCAGUACCCGCAGCAACAACAGCCGCCUCCACCGCAGCAUCCUCACGGACACUACCAAAAGCAACAGAUUUACACAGCCGACAGUCGUGCAGAGGACACGAGCUACAAUUCUGGAGGUUUCCAGCAGGUCAUUGACCCGUUCCAGACCCAGGCGGGGCACCACCAGCAGUAUCCACGACCGCCGCAUCUUCCUCACCAUCAACAACAGCAUCUUCCGUCUGGACCGUUUCAAGAACCAUAUGGAUCCGAGUACCCCCAGGAGAAUCGUCCCCACGCGGGCGAUAUGCAGCUCAUGCAGCCGAAUGCUGCACCUUUUUUCCCGCCACCAAGUGACUAUGCAGAUACUGCACGAGCGAGACAAGCAAGUUUCCGCCCACUGUCGCCUGGCAGGAACGUGUCGCGUACGGCACAGCUUCCGUAUCAAGAGCCACAGCAGCCUCUACCACCGAUGUACGAGCAGCGAAGGCCACCGAUGCCACAAGAUCCGCGCGGUGGAUGGAAUCAUCCUCCGCAAGAACAUUUACAACGGCAAUACGCGCCACACGAGCAGCAGCAACAACAGCAGCAGCAGUUUGUUGGUGGACCGCCGGGCUAUGUACAACAACAGCAGGGACUGCCUGUAAUGGACCAGCAUCGCUUUCCAAGAGACCAUAAUCCACCGUUUCAAGAUCGUUGGCAAGACAAACAAGAUCGACAGCAUCACAAGCAGCAUCGGACUCCACCACCGACGUACGUCUGCCACAAUUGCAACCAACCUGGCCACUGGAAGCAGCACUGCCCACUCUUCGCAAAUGAAAAUGAUCGGUACGGGUCUGAACCUCCUGUCGAGCAGCGUUUCGGUGUUGUCUCGCGACCGGAACAGCAGUUGGCUCCUGUCCACAGCACAAAACCGCAAGAUCCAAGAAAGAAUGGCGGAUCUCACAUCAAUGUUCCGUCCAGAGGCAAGGAAGAACCGUGUCGUGCAGCGAAAGAUGAGUCUCUUGGACAGCCGCCUCUGCCUGAUGGUCCAGCACCCCCGCUUCCGCCUUCUUUGCAGUCGCAUGGAAUGUACGCAAGCAGCACUCAGUUAAAAUCGCAGCCGAAUCAGCAGUUGUGGAAGUGUGUGCCAUGCAUAAAGAGCUUUGUUAUCGCAUCCCAGUACGAUGCGCACGUCAAAACCCAUGUGACCUGCUCUGCUUGUGACUUCUCAGCUUGUCAGCGGGUUGUCACCGCGCAUUAUGAAACGUCUCAUGGUCAGUACUCUGGUGAAGGGCUGAAAGAGAUUGUUGUGGAAGGUCAAAAAUUCAUGGUUCUGGUGGGGAACUCAGCCGAAGACAUCGCAAAGUGGCGUGAGGAGCGUCGUAAAAGAUGGUUUGCCAUGUCACGACACCCUACACCACCUUUGGCGACUGGGCCACUGACGGGGAAGCGAAAGCUGUCGAUGACAUCUGAAGAAGAUUUGGAAGACGGCGAAAUCGAGGAAGAGGAAGAAGCUAAGGCUCAUGUGGUGCUUGCGAGUUCCGCUACGAGCCGCGCAGCUUCCGACUCUGCGGCAUCGCACCGUGCCAAAUCUGACGUGCAAGAGCCGCCUGUAAAGAAGCAGCGGAAGAGCGUGUUGUGCAAGUGGUUUCUGCGUGACCGCUGUCGGUUUACUGAUGCGAAUUGCAAGUACAGUCAUGAUCGUUCGACGUUUGGAUGUCGUGUUAUGAUGUCCAAGGGAUCGUGUUCCAAGGGUACACGCUGCCCAUUUUCUCACGAUACAACCGUGUUGUCAGGGCAACGGGAACGUUCUGUAAAAGCGUCGAAGGAACAAGCUACGGAGCAGCAGUGGCGUGAUGAGAAGAAGUCGCUCUUACGCAAACUGCUGGCAAAAGACGUUCGUCUCGAGCAGCAGAAGAUGCUGCAGAUUGUGCAUUUUCUUGUCGAGAGUAAGUUUUUGGGCCCGUUGGAGGGUGAAAAGGAUGUGGUAUCCGCCGUGGAACCAGUCGUGAAGACUGAAAUGGUCAAAAGGGACGAAGCGAGUUCUGCCGUCGAUGCUGAAGCCAGUGAAUCCUUUCAAUCGACGUCUGGGGGCGCCGUAAAGGAGGAGGCUUCAGACGAUGUCACAUUCGAUCCAGCGAGCGGCACGGAAGAGUGUGAUAGUGCUGCGCCUUUUCCAGCAGUUGAGCCUACGGAGGUUGUGGCAGAUGCCAGUGUCGUACCUGUUGUAGAGGGAAGUGCGUGUGAAGAUGGAAUUCCGUCACCGAGUAGUGCAUGA